AUGCUCAUGUGCGAACAGUUCCUUGUGAACAAGUAUGGGAAAGUGACCGCUGGGGUUUGGGUGGCGAUCGUGAUUCAAUUUACUGUCGUUACACUGAUUAAUACAGCGUAUAGUGCUAUAACUCUGUUAGUGGUUGAUGCUGCGACGCCAGGAACAUUAGGGGCUGUCAACGGGUUAGCUCAGAUGCUUGCAUCGGGCUUCCGAGGCCUUGCACCGUCUGUAGCAUCUUCGUUGUUUGCGUUAUCGCUAGAUUCGCAAAUUGCUGGAGGGUACUUUGUUUAUAUCGUUCUUCUUGGUGUUGCGAUUACUGGGACGAGGUGUACCCUCAAUAAAAAAUGGGAUUUUGAGUAG